UAGCAUGAUCCUGUAACUAACAGUAUUUUUCUUCUUUCCUUUUAGUUUGAGCUAUCACAGUGUCAGCAACAACCAGGAGAAAAUGCGAACAUUUGUCUCAAUAGCCCAGAACACAUGGGAAAUUUUUAUAUCUGAAAGGAAGCCUGGCUGGAAGUCUUGGAUGAAGCUUUUUGGAGUUUGCUUUGCAGUUGGCUUCCUCUCCAGCUUUCUUUUUUUCCUUGGCAUGCACUUCUCCCUGGCACACCACUCUUUGGGUCCCUUACUGAUUUCUGGAUUCAUCUGGAUCUUGUUUUCUAUCAUGCUCUUCUGUUUCAAGCACCUGCGCUGUUUUAGUGUCCUGUUCCUUUUUUCCUGUGGACUGAAAAAUGGCAGGAACGCUCUUAUUACUGCUGGCACAGGUGUCAUGGUGGCCAACAACAUCCAAAAUAUUUUUCACAACCUAAAGGUUCUGGCAGACACCAUAACCUGUCAUUUGAAGCAUGAGCAAUUUGCCUUGAUAAAAUAUUAUGUUGAGGCAGUGAAAUGGAUUUACGAGUCAGCCAAGCUUUCCACUGUACUACCUAAAGAUAUAGUGAUCUUAAAGCAUGAAUUCACAUCAUCUUAUUCGAUUUCAGAUGAUGCAUUAAAAAAAGAGCUAAAUGACACAAAGCAAGAAAUCCAGAGAGUUGCUAACCAGAUAUAUUUUAUGCUGACUAUACUGCCCUACAUAGGCCAGAAAGUGUUGCCUGUCACUGGGAUUUUUCUAGUUUCUUUUGGAACUGGCCUCUUUAUCAAAAAAUUUUUGGGUUCUCACAGUACCAAAUUUAAAAAUACUUAUAUCACAAAAGAGUUCAUUGCAUUUGAUGAGCACCAAAAGCAACAGCAAAAACCAUGUCUUUUGCCACUUAACAGAAAAGAAAGAAAAGAUUAUGUGACAAUCCCAUCUUUCUGCUUCACAAGAAAAGACAGGAAAAAAAUGCUGUAUUUUUUUCUCCCUGUAAUUAUUAAUCUUUGCAUAUGGCUUCUGUUUGCUGCAGUAGACUAUUUGUUUUACUGGUUAAUUAUUUCUGUGAAUAAAUAUCUCCAAGAAGUACCGGAUCUAGAGAUUCAACUCAGCCUCUCUCAGAAUAGGAAUGAGAUUAUUAUUCAUAUCGCAAAGCAUAUUGCAAAGACUGAUUCUUUCAAGAUCCCUUUGUUUAAGCGUGACUGCAUCCCUCAUCCAGAGCUUGCUCUCUCCACGGCAUGGAUCCACCUCGGGGUCAUCAUCUUCUUCUUAAUAACUUUUGGAUUAUUCUCUGGCCUCCUGACCCAGCUUAAAAUACUCGUGUCAACUUCCUUUUAUCCUGAUGCUGCGAUGAAACGGAUACAUCAUUUGCAUGCAAAAUUACUCAAGAAAAGAGCAAAGGUACAAGAGAAAACUGUGAAGAACAUGUUUGCUAGAAGGGUCAGUUUUUGGUUUCCAAUACUCAAGGCAACAGAGGCAGUGAGGAAGAAAGAAAGGAGUGUGGCAAAAUGACAACAUGGUGUGAAAAAGACCGAGUGAAUCUUUGGAUAUGGCUGAAAUGCUUUAGCUCCACAGGGACCUGCAUUUUGCACCAUCUUUCCUAUGGAAUGUCAAUUUUAAAAUGUAAAAAUAUCAAACUCAAAGCCUGAGAAUGAGUAUUUUUGAAAAGUGUUAAAAAGAAGCCAUUGUAGAUACUGUGCAGUUCAUCACAGAUUGCUCUGGAUUGCAUUAACACUCGUUUUUCAACCUUGGGUCUGCAUUAUCUGGUACUUUACGAAUUCAUGGAGAAUCUGUUCUUCUAUCUAAAAGCAAUCAAACAGUUUGGACCUUUUAGAACUACAGCACAAACCUCUUUGGGUUGAGCUAACAGAAGAUGUAAUGACAGCAGCAGGUUUGUCUUCUUUAUUUUGCCAGAGACUGAAGACAGAAGACACAGCAGAGGCUGUCUAUUUCCUUCUGCAUGGACAAGAACCAGGCCUUAGGUGUUUCUAGUAAUUUCUAUCUAUUUCCCAACUCUCAACUGCCACAAAUCCUUCAGCCUGGUUCUUUGCCAUCCCUAGCUCCCAGUCUCCUACCUAGUCUCCUACCCAGAAUUCCUCGCUUGGUCUUAGUCUCCUACUUCCACAUAUCCAUAGACUGUAUCACUAAUUCAGAUUGUACCAUAUCUUUGAUGAUCAUGAGAGAGGUGAUGUAACAUAGAAGCGAGAAUGCUCACUCACGAGAGCUAGAAUACAGAGGAAUCAGGUGGUGUGGGUGCAGGUGAGAUGGCUUUGAAGUGUAGGAGAUAUAAGUAAAGGUGAAUGUUUCGAAUCUUGAAAUCUGAGGAAGCUUGCAUAAGUGGCAAAAAUGGGCUUAAUUACAUUGCCUAAUUCACCAUUGCCUUCAGUGAAAUAAAACUGAGCCAAUACUGAAGUGCAAUACUCAGUGCUUCACCUGUUCAACUGACAUUGGUGAUGUGACCUUCAUAUGACACAGGAGCAAAUAUAAAAACCCUAAAGACACAGGAACGACUGACAAAGUACUAGAGAUUUAAUGUAGAGCUAAAUUUAAUGUAGAGCUAAAAAUCUAUCCAGCAGGCAGUGUACUCUUGAUUUUCAGCCACAGCCAGCUCCUUUUUUUAGGUUACAUAACAGGAAAUUCUACUCUGUUCCUCUAUAAUACAUGCGUGGUGGCAGGACAGCCAUUGAUCAAUGUCUCUGUUAUCUGAAUGAAUAAAG